CACGACCGUGUUUUGGCCGACGCGCGCGGGCGUGUUUUUAACACGGGGCAAAACACGGGCGAGCAAAAGCAAAACACGGCUAUGUCUGCGAUAGUGUUUUUCCUAGAAUCGGGUUUUUUAGGCAGAUUGAAGCCAAAGGAAAGGGAGAGCUGGGUUUUGGAUCCCAGACACCCAAGGGACGAACCGAAGAGAGAGAGGGCGAUUUGAGGGCAUUCUAAGAGUGGAAUUGGAGGAUUUCUUUUCCUUGGAAGCACGAGGAACAAGCCCGGACUUGAAGGCUGAUCAUCUGAAGAUUCUUACUGCAGUCUCUCUCUUCUAUAUGGAGUAACUUCCCUUCACUUAGGUUUUGAGGAACCCUAGCUAUGUUUGUUUGAUUGGAUGAUUUUAUGAGUACUCUGACUUGAUAACCUUGAGUUCAUAUUCAAUCUAUGCAUGUUUUCAUGAUUCAAUUCUGCUUUAGUCGAGAUUAUUGAUUCUGCUUUGAUCCUAUGAGAGCGAAUACCUGAUUAGGUCAAUAGAGCACCAUAGAUUGAUAAUAUUGGAUUUAUUGCUUUAGUCGAAGGUUGAUUCACUGCUUUUUAUCAAUUGAGAACCUCUAUUGAUAGAGGGAGUCUAGUUCAGAACGCCUUGAUCGGUUGUUCUAGAGAAGGAUACGUCUCUCUAGGCAAUUGACUCAAGAGGGCCUUAUUCCUUUAGUCGAGACUCGAGGUCUAGUCAAGGAUUCUCCGCAUUGUGAAUGAAAGUGAAACAUGUUAGAGAUCAUCAAUCAUUAAUCUGGCUAGUGGCUAGGGGGAAUCAUACCUAAGUGAGUUCCCAACCUGUAAUUAGAUUAACUUUAACUGUAGUUUGCUAGAGUAGUUUUAGUUCUUUCAUCUUAAUCUGGUUUGCUAGAUAAUGAACUGAAGCUGAGUAAUAGUAACUCUAGAGACCCGUGGAUUCAAUAUUUAUUACUUGAGCCACUAUACUGCAGUCCCUUCCAUUGGUUACACUUGGCCAUUGUUAGGAGUUGUGUCAUAGCGAGUCAGUUCUAUUCCACCUUCCACCACUACCCGGGACAAGCAGGAGAGCACGCCAAAGCCAUUCACUUCACCCUUGGCGGGGGAGGAUCACUCCCUCAGUUAUGACAAUUUUUCCUGGGCCCUGGACCUUCUCCCUCCAGUUGCUUGCUACCUUGCCAUCAAGUUGUCGGAUACUCCUCCCUUCUCGGACUAGCAUUUUUUUUUUGAGUGGAUAUGCCUACCGGAGGCCGCGGGCGCUGUGUUUCAACCUGGCCAGACCAAGGCUACCCACCUCCAUCCUAAAUGGCACAUUAUCAACUAGUUGUUGGGAAAGUCCUACGCACCCAGUAAGGGCUCCGCCAGUCACCUCCAGCUUUGCACUCUAUCUUUCCUACUCUCGUUGAUCCAGGAGGAAGAACAUCAGCACUAGGCUUCUGUCAUUGCUAGGACAAUCGCCAAAGCUAUUGCAUGCGGUCGUGCUCUUGUUUGUGGUCCUGUGAUCACUACUCUGUCUCGAUAAUACGAGAUCGACCUGACCGGCUUCACUAUGGUCCAGGAACCUACACCCUUCAACUGGGAGACUCUCCGAUACCAGCUCUUGCUCCAAAACCAUAGGGACAUGACGUGGAUCAAAGGGCUUCCUCGCCCUCCCCCUCAUGCCCUAGAUGCGGCCGACCUUCCUGAGGCAAGUGAUACCAAAGCUCGACAUGGGCCUCUUCGUCCGUCCCGCCAUGCUCACGUGCCGGCCAGUACUUCUACAACCGCCCUUGAGGUGCCCGACCCCUCCCACUCGAUUGCUGAUCAAAUGGCCGCCAUCGCUCGUUAGAAUGCGUUGAUUGUCAUGGGUCAGGCUGAUCUUCAUCGCCGUCUCAACCAUGAGCGGGAUGGUUGUCUCCGCAUCAUGUCGGCCAGCACUACAUGAUGCACUAUCUUGGCAUGAACUCAGUUGUUGUUCAGUACCCCUGGGUGGCUUCCCUAGGGCAUGAGUAUAACUACCCCCCUCCUAUUGGCGAUGGAGGCGAUGACUGCUAGGUUGGCUCCGAUCAAUCCCCCCUGGGAUUCUGGGUUGUGUGUUUUUCUUUCUUUUCAGACUCAGACUCUUUUGUCGAUUUUUCUUUUCUUUUGUUUCUCUUUUGGAUUGUGCAAAUGGAACUAUGGUCUAUUUUCUCUACCACCCAGUAUGUUUUGAUGACUAUAGCUCUAUGCCUUUGGACUGGUCCCCUUCCAGUCUCCUGUUCCUGACUGGUCCACUCUCUAGUUGUCGCCUUCGGUCUUCCUUUCCCGGUAACAUCAUUCCCCUUUCCUCUACUCCAUUGAGGGAAAUGUCAAUCUUAAGUUUGGGGGUGCUUUGUGCUUAUCGGAAGUUUUUGUGUGCUUGGAGCCUAGUCCACUCUCCAAAUCUCGAGAUUUGAGGGCUCCAAGUACUGAUGUUUGCAUGACAUAUUGGCAUUGUGGUUUAUGUGGUGAAUCAAUUUGUUGUUAGCAUUGAUGCAAUAUAACUUGUUUGUGACUAAGACAACCUAUAAUGAUGACUUUGACGUGUAGUAGAGUUGUGUAGGGGUUCAGCUUUUCAACUGUUUGCUUACCAACUGCUACUUGGAUUGAUCACUCAUUUUCUACAGUUGUUUAUACAUUUAGUUUAGGGAAUCAGAAUGAGAGAUAGAGCAUAUAGGUAGCCAUGUGAGAUUUGAGUCUGCUCGUUUCUUUCUUGUACGAUAGAUCCCACUUCCAUGAUGUGUAGCAUUCACGUUGCACUUAUUAUGAUGAUGGAAACAUAGGAUUAACCCACGACCAAAUUGAUUGUCCUGGUGUGUCAUACCCCCUAGUCAGUCCCUUUGAGCAGUGUAACUUUAUUUAGUUGUGUCUACAAGAAAAAUCACCCUUAUGCAUCUCUUAGAGGUUCCACGGAGUGGUUUUUGCAUGUUUUCUGCUAUUUUUUGCUAGAACUAAAGUGAGGGUUGGAGGCAAUUCCUAAAGGUUGGGCAUGUACGUGCAAGGAUAAAAAGAAUGUAUCAAAAGUGGUAGUUCUCUAAAAAAUUCAAAAGAAAAAUAAAUGAAAGCAAAAGAGAGCCACCACGAUAAUCUGAAUCAUGCUCAUUAAAUAGUGUUUCUUAGCAGCCUGGCUUGGAAAUACUAACAUGUUGUGACUCUUUCACUCUUGUGCUCUAAAGAACUUGAUUAAUGCAGAAUAGCAGAGAGAAAGUAAAUGGUUUGAAUGAAUGUUGUUGUGAUGCUUUUAAAACAGUGGAACCUUGUGUCAUGAAUUCUUCCACCACCUAAAAAGCCUUUUCCCCAUGUCCAAGACCCUAGCCAAUCAUCAGAACAUGUGUCUAAGACCUCCGGACAAGUUAGUGGUGACACCUUAUAUGUGAACUCUAGCAUUUAGAGGCUACCGCCAUGGUGAAGAGACGUUAGGGAUUGAGAGUACGAGUAUGCAUACAUCUUGCAUCAAAUUUUGUCCUCAUCCCACUGGUCGAGAGUGAGUGAUUCAAUUUUUCACAUAUUAUAUACCCCUGGUGAGGACCUAGAUUGUUCGGUCUUGAUUUUGAUGUCUUGAAUUUGAUGCAUGAGGUGACUGCUUUUAGUGAGUGGUUGAGUCAAGUCUAUAUUGGUCGAUGAACGGAAGGGAGACUCUUCCUUUACAUGAUUUUGCUGCACUCGAAUGUCAUCUAUGGUGGUUUUUUAGGUUGUUAUUGUUUUUGUUCAUGUUUUGAUGUCUAAAGGCAAGUACGAUUCACGUGUUUUGUGCAUAUAUGAUAUGUCCCCAAGUUUGCAUGAUUAUAACGAUUUCAGCUUACCUUGUAUCUGACUUGGUUUACUUGGGAACAAGCAAAUAGUUAAGUGGGGUGGAAUUUGAUAGCGUUGUGUUUGCACAUGUUUGCACCCUUGUUUCUUAACCGUUUUGGCUCAAAUUUGUAGCUCCUUGGCUUAUUUUACGCUAGGUUGUGCUAUUUUGUCACAUUUCAGGUACUAGCCGAUAGAAGAAGGCUUAGGCACAAGUUUCGGGUCGUUUGGAGAUCAUUUGGCAGUUCUAGAGAUAGAAAAUUGUCGUCCCCUGCCUCAAGCGCGACCAUGCUUCACAUGAUAGCCGCUGGUGUUCAUUUUGUCGGGCGUGGUGAUGAUCCAGGUGCAAAAUAGGGGCAUGAUUUCCUAAACCACAACCGUAUUUCACCAACGACUCGACCAUGCUUUUAAUGACGAGGCUGGCUCAGGAAGAAUGUUGAAGGAAAUCAAAGCAUGGGAAGGCGAAGACCCAAGCACCGCAGGUGCUUCUCAAAAUAAUGUCAUUAUUUUACCCAAACGCGACCGUGGAUUUACCUGUCCCAACUUAAGUAAAAUGCGUGAUCUAGUCAAAGCACGACCAGAAGAGGAAGCACGACUGUGCUCUUGCCCGUAUUUUUCCCAGUAUCUAGGUAAAUAGGUAGAUUUGAGCAAAUGGAAGGGGAUUCCACUUUUUGGAGCAUAACAGAUUUUUAGAGAGAGAGAGUAAGAACAAACGCUAGGAUCAUUUUGGAGUGGAUUUCUCAUGAUCGAAGCCCAGAUUGCGUCUCCAGGAGCGAAGAUUGACAUCCUAGAGCAUAUUAUACAUGUCAUUAUGAGUAUGACUGCUGAUAACAUCGGAUUUGCACAUGUUUGCACUGUCGUUUCUUGAUCAUUUUGGCUUGAGUUUCUGCAUUCUUGGACUAUUUUACGCUAGGUUGUCUUCCUUUGUCACAUUUCAGGUCCUAGCAUGUGAAUUGAAGCAUAGGCGCAAGUUUCAAGUCAAUCGGAGAUCAUUUGGCAAUUCGGGAGAAGAAACACGAGCAUGACCUGAGGAAUAAUGGACUUCUACCUCAUAUUAUGGAUAAAUAAUCAUGUAAUUUUGUCAUAAAAAGAAAGAGGCUGAGACUACGAGCAUCUAGGAUCAAACGGCGACUGAUUCGGAGUCCGGACGAGGGAGAAACGAAGCAUUAAACAGAGGAUGAGCAAGCCACACGGGCACACCUAAAAACCCACACGGCCGUGGACCUGGCCAUGUGGCCAUGUUGGAUUUACCGAGCACUCACACGGGCAUCCUGGGGAGCCGCACGGCCGUGUGGCCCCUGCCCGUGUAGCUUGCCUGGUUGCCCAUUAAUCGAAACUCCGCGUUUUGGCACUCACACGGGCAGCUGGGUAAGCCACACGGCCGUGUGGCCUGGCCGUGUGAGUCGGGAAAUUCUGGGUUUUAAGCCAAAUUCGAGCCAAAGGAGAGAGAGCUGGGUUUUGGUUCCCAAAAACCCAAGGGACGAACCCUAGAGAGAGAGAGAGCGACUCUGGGACAUUCUUGGAGCUAUUUUGGAGGAUUUCUUCGCCAUUGGAGCUCGGGAAUCAAGCUUGGAGAUGGAG